GAAACAGCCGCGCAGGCAGAAGUCUAAAUGCCGGAACACCGCGGCUGCUAUGAUGAUCCCAAAGACAUUUUGUUAAUACGAUUUCUGAACUGCCUAAGGAGGGUGUUGUAAAUAAUUCCCAAUUUUCAUAAAAAAAUGCCUUCGAACAAGCGUAUUGCUGUAUGGAUGUCCGAAAAAAAAUUGCAGAAAGUGAACUGGGAGGAAUUUGAGUCUGUGUGUCACAGCUACGGCUUCGAGGUGUUCAAAUUAAAUUUGAACGACAGCAUUGAAUCGCAAGGCCCUUUUUGUGUUUUAGUGCAUAAGUUAACUGAUAUUAUUGCUUCUGCGAACUUAGGUGAUAUUAGGUGUUGUAACAUAAUCCAGGAAGUAGAGAAUUAUAUCUCUCAGAACCCAAGCUUGAUUGUGAUAGAUCCUCUACCAAAUGUUAGAAAAUUGCUGGAUAGAUACAAUUCCUAUAGCAUAAUUCAUUCCACAGACCUUUAUACUUAUGGUGUGUUUACGCCAAACUUUUGCACACUAAAAUCUAGGGACAUAGAUGUUUUGAAGCAUCAACUAAAAAUAGCAAAUGUAACAUAUCCAUUCAUUUGCAAACCUGUGCUGGGACAUGGGUCUAGAAGUGCCCAUGAGAUGUCCAUAGUCUUCAGUGAAAAGUAUAUUGUGGAUAUCAGGACACCAUGUGUAGCACAAAGUUUUAUCAGUCACAAUGCUAUUCUGUACAAAAUAUAUAUAAUGGGGGAAAAGUUUUGUUAUGUGGAGAGACCAUCACUGAAAAAUUUCCAGGUAAUAGCCUCAGAAUGUGAAACGAUACACUUUGACUCGAGUGAUGUGUCAAAAGCAGAUUCAAGAUCAAGAUUAUCUGUGUUAGAUCCAGAAGAUGUGGUUUCAGAGAGGAUAAAGCCUGAUGAAAAAGUUAUUGAAGUUAUAGCUGUGACACUGAGGAGAGCAUUUGGCAUGGACCUACUUGGUGUAGAUGUAGUUAUUGAGAAAUCUACUGGAAAAUAUGCUAUCAUUGAUGUGAAUGCCUACCCAGGUUAUGAUGGUUUUCCGAACUUCUUAGAAGCUCUACUAGAAUGCAUUUCUAAAAAAAUAUCUGCUGAUACUUAAGGCGCAAUGUAGUACUACCAAAUGUAUAAAAAAAUCUAAAAACUGCCAAAAAAAUUUAUUAUUGCUCAAAGCAGAUACUGUUAUUGUGUAUAGAUAUAUUUAAUAAUUUUUUUAUAGCCUAUUUAUAUUUAUAUCUAUUAAAGCUUAGAAAACAGAUGUAUUUUUUGUUUAGUCAAGGAUAUGUUCAUUUUUAUGAAUCUCAUAUAAUAUUCUUUGUACUCUAUUCUAAAUAGAAAUACAGUGGACCUCCGGUAAUCUGACAAACAUUAUGCAGUGUCGAACUAUCGAAUUUGUCGGAUUAUAGAGCACUGCCUAAGACCCCCUAUAGUCCGGAAAUUUUUACAAAAGAGUACCUUGUAAUCCGACAAAUUACAUAUCCAAUGGUAAGAUUAUACAUAUAUGUUAUGUAUAUGUAUGUACUUUGAAGUACAAAUAAUACAUAGUUUAUGUAUGUCGAAUUUAGUAAAUUAAAUAACAAUAGAGAGCUUACGUUUUAUUAUAAAAUUAAGCAAAAAUGCUCAUAUGUACCAAAAUAAUCAAGAAUUAUUAAUCAAAAUCAUUAAAGAAUUCAUCAAAUUAUGAAGCUUGGAAAUAUUCAUAACUUUUUUUUUGUUUAAGGUUGUUAUAACGCGAGAUCAGAGCUUUGUCCCUCAGUCUUCUCAAAAGUAAAAGUUCGUUGUAGGAUGUACCCCAUUGUAAACCUAGCUCAAAAGCGUUAAUUGCGUCUUGUGCUGUGACUUGUGGAGCAGUUGCAAUAACGUCGUCGUUAUUUUCCUGAUUGUUUCUUGUAUAAUUAGAAACCUCUUUUAUAAUCUCUUUCAGUCAUUUCAUGAAAAACAUUUUCCUCUUUAUCCAUUCCACGGCACCCGAUUUCCAAAUCUUCCGGACUUAUCUGUGUUUCAGUAGCGACUUGUUCUAUAACUUCCGAAGUAACACUGAUUUGUGGAACGUUGCUAGGAGUGUUGACUAUAUCAGGCCAUAACUUUCUCCAAGAUGAUUUAAUAGUUGAUGACGGUAACGCAUUCCACGACUGACAAAGAGCAAAAGUGUUUCAUAUUAAAUUCUUUUAAAGUUUUUUAUAUUGGUUGGUCUUUUGAUACGGUCUUCCAGAAGUAAGUUUUUCUUAUAGUCUUGCUUGACAAACUGAAUGAUAUUCUGGUCCAUUGGUUGAAUCAGUGCAGUGCAAUUUGGCGGAAGAAACAUCGCAGUGAUGCAUUUAUCCUCAGUUGUUAGUUCUUCUUCAGACGGAUGACCGGGAGUGUUAUCGAGAAGCACAACGCUUUUUGAGGAAAAUUAUGAUCUUUUAACCAUUUUCUAACUUCAGGUACGAAGCAUUCAUCAAACCACUUUUUAAAAAGGUCUUUUGUCAUCCAUGCACUUUUUUGUCCGUAAUAGUGUACAGGUAAAUCAAUGUUUUUGAAUGCCCGUGGUUUAUUAGAUUUCCCAAUGACCAUCAUCUUAAGCGCGUGUGUGCCCGCAGCGUUAGCACAUGGUAGUAUGGUUACACGCUCUUCACUUACUUUUCGUCCAGGUACGGAUUUUUCGUUACAAGAAACGAAAGUUUUGUUAGGCAUCACACGCAAAAAAAGCCCUGAUUCGUCUGCAUUGUACACCUGUGACGGGUCAAGAUUUAAAUCGUUCACCUUUUGCAAAAAUCUUAAUUUAAAGGGCUCUACGCAGGUGACAUCGUUAGAAAAUUUCUCUCCUGUAAUAGUCAUUAAACGUAUCAAAAUCAUCUUUUUUGUUAUUUCCUUAUAAAAAAACUUAGCUUUCAUGGCCAACAUGGGUCCUGAAAUUGGUGCAUGCCUAUUUCUUUCCUGAAGAAACCACAUGUACAAAGCUUCUUCCACUUCUGGAUGUUCAGCUUUCUUGAGUGUCUGUCUCUUGCCUGGCCCGCAGUCAGUAGUUGACACGAACUGCUUGAUCUUCUCGUGGUUUCUUUUAAUGUCAUAAAUUGUAGAUCGACCUACGCCGUAUUCACUUGCUAAACUACUGAAAGUUUCAUUGCGAUUUAAGCGCUCUAAAAUAUCACAUUUUUCUUUAAUUGUCAAUGUUUUGUGCUUUCGCUUCUGAGUUUGUGAUGACAUUACUAGGUACUAUACUUAAUACACAAUGAAUAAAUAGUAAACAACGAACGCACGCUAGGCCGUACCGCUAUCACCAGUAGUCAAAUUCAAACUAAGUAAAACAAUGCUUAUGCGUCGAGCACGAUAGCGGUGGCGCGUACACGUUUUAACCUGUUCAAACCUGCGUGAUCUAGAUUAGCGAAGAUUGUCAAAUACGUAUGUAUGUAAUACAUAUUCAAACACAUGUCGGAUUACAGAGGGCGCCGGAUUAGAUAGGGGCCGGAUUAUCGGGGGUCCACUGUAUGAAAAAAAUAUACACUUUACAAGGUAUGUAUCUGUAAAUUUUAUGAAAUUAUUUAAAUUUUUUUUGUACACUGUAUAUAGAUAAUCUGCAUUAAAGGUAUCUAUCAUUGCAUUUAUUGUGUGAAUUACACAAAUUUGGCUCAUUUAUUAUGGGUUUUUAAGAAAUGUUUCCUGUGCACGGUAUUUAUAUCACUACAAGCCAUAUGUUGGAGUGAUAUUGUUGUAAAUGUUCAUGAGAUUGUCUUUUUAUGAGUUCCCAGACUAGUACAUACUAGGUCUUGUAAUCAGAACAAAGAGCAGGAUAUGCAAGAAAAUUGAUUUUACACAUAGAAUGAAUAAUCUUAUACAAUCUUCAAAUCACUUCAGAUAUUAUAUUGCGAUGAAGAAAUUUAGGGCCAUAAUAGAGUAUGAGACCUGGAAUUCUGAAUGGAUGAUCGGAUAUGGUUUGUUCAAAAAGUGCCUGAAAGUUUGACAAUAUGUGUAGUCUACGGGCUGCAUUAAGGAUAUUUUCGGACUUCCUACGGCAGGCAACCAACAUUGCUACUAUAGUGCAGUGAGAUCAGUAUAUGAAAUGUUCUCAAUAAUUUUGGACGCUAUCU